GCGUCCAGACGCCCGGGGACUACAACCGUAUGGAGAUGAUCUUCCGAGAGGUGCGAAAAACUAUCAUCAAUAUGCUGGGAUGAGACGAUCUUUGCAUAAAAUUUAUCACCUUAUCGAUGGAAACGGUCAGUCGGCUUCCAGCUUUCAGUGCUACCGGAGCUAGCGAGUCUACCGGACAGUUUAGUGCUUCAAGUGACGGUGCUCUCCGAGUCCGAGUGUGACAGAAACCGUGGAGUAGCGAGUGGCUGUAUCGAUCUUAACGCAUCUCAGUAGGCGGCGAAUCCAGCUGUCGACACAUCUUCUGUCGGACGAUGAACGCAGCACCAUUGAAACACUUUGCUCUGUUUCAGCUCUCUGUACUAGCGGUUAUUCUGCUAGCGGGACAGGCUUUGGCUGCCCCGCAAGGUGAUGCCUACGCAGAGUACCCAAACGGCGCCUUCAACGAUCGUGUCCCCAACAAUGAGAACAACCAACAGUUCAAAGAGUAUGCCGAUUUCUUAACACGCUUCGACGAAUGGGUCACGGGCAAGAAGGUACCGAUCCCGGCCGAUCCCGUCACCGAUGCUCUGCACCAGAAUUUACCACCCGAUGCACCAACGUUCGGGCAGGUCCGUGUCGCUCGGAAUACCGUCCACAAGCGGGAGGAUAAACCGGACGAGUCGCUCAUUAGCAAGGAUAAAGACUUUGGUGAACAUAUCGAGGAUAAGGUGCCGGAAACGACAACCAGCUCCGAUCCGAAGUACGGUGAUUUCAUCAAGGAACUGAAACGCUUCGACCCAUACCUCAUCGGACGCAAUGUGACGAUCCCACACAAUGCGACCGCCGACCGGGUCUGGAACAGUAAGGAGGCCGGGCAGCAUUAAGUGAUUCGUUAUCAGUAUUUAUCUUCCGUGUGCGCGUUUGUGUUUUUUGUGUACUUACAUUAAGUAAUGCUAUUCUCGGGUUACUAACCACCAACAAGAAAGUUUUAAAAAAUCUAUUUAAAUAAUAAAGCGACGUUUGUAAAAUUUGUGAAA